AUGACCUCUACUGCCACGCAUCCACGCGCUGCUUUGGCUGUCCUGACAGACACUGGGUUGUUGCUACACAUUACGAGCUUCCAAACAGGGCUGCCCUACCUCCUGCCUCGAUUUGCCAUUCGUCAACGAGAUCUGCACAUGCUCGAGGUGCUGCAGAGAGCUACACAGAAUCCAAGGCUUCAAAACCUACCACAGCUACAGUUCUAUGGGGUGCGUCGCUGCGCCAUUCAGUACAACAGCCUUCAACUUCUGAAAUGGCUACAUGCCACUCGGGACAAGUCUCCGACAAUGACCGAUGAGCCGAGACUGCUUGGGGUGGCGGUGACCUGCUACUUUGACAAUGUAGAGAUAAUGGAGUGGCUGCAUAGUGCUCCAGAAGGGCCACAUGAGGCCAUUGACAAGAUCACGGAAGUCGAAUUGUGCCAUGCAGCGGAUUUUGGCAACAUUCGAGCCAUCCGGUGGCUGCACGAACAUGGCUGCACAGUCUUCUCCCCACUCGUGAUGGAUACAGCUGCUACACAUGGAUGCUUGGAGCUGCUAUGCACGGCGCGGCGGUAA